AUGAAUGAGUUUGCCAUCAACAACACGGCGCAUGCCUCGACUGGGCAUACACCGUUCUUCGUGAACGCCAUGCGGCAUACACGCCUUCCGAGCACGUUCGGGGCGGUGGUUUCCUCCUUAAGUUGGGGAGGAUCUACGGUUGUGUCCAAACAACCCCAGAAGUCAGCUGAUAUGGAUCUAUCAGCUGCGAUGACACGUGCGAGAGCGAGAGCCCGCACACGACAAGGCGACGUGUCAGUGCCGGGCACUGACACUGUGAAGAACCACGAGCAGGCGACACCUGCUUCAUCCAAGGACAACGUGUCUGUGCGGAGUACAGAUACCGCAAAGACUCACGCACAGCCCGGGCCUGUUGCACGCACAUGCGAUGUAUCGAUGCCGGGCAUCGAUACUGAUAAGCUUCACGCACAGGUUGAGCUGUUGCGCGCACAUGCGAGGUGUCAGUGCCCGGCACUGACACCCCAAAGAGCCACGCACAGUCUGGGACUGAUGCGACCACAAGUGGCGAGUCUGUGCAAUGCACAGACGUCGACAAGACCAAUGAGCUGGCCCGGGGUUCAGCUCUCAAGCAAUGGGCUUUGUCCACGAACGACAAGCAGUCGUUCGAUUCGUUCAAGAUGCAAUUGCAACUUCUGCAGAUAG